AUGGGUGCAGAGAAGGAGUCAGAUCCUUUACUGCCGAAAUCACCUCCAACGAAAUGUUGGGAUAUUACCACCACUUGUAGUCACAUAGAGUGCCCAGGCUAUCAAGUGAUUCAUGCUGGUGAUGGUUUUGAAAUUCGCAGCUAUAAUUCUUCUGUGUGGAUGUCAACUGCUCCAAUCCAAGAUCUCUCUCUGGUUGAAGCCACCAGAAAUGGUUUCCUACUGCUCUUUGACUACAUUCAAGGGAAAAACGAGUAUGAGAAAGAAAUAGAGAUGGCAGGUUCAGUGAUUACUGAGAUUUCACCAAGCGAUGGACCCUUGCCCUCGUUUACUGUCAGGUUUUAUGUCCCAAAAGAAAACCAAAAAAACACACCUCCCACAGUGGGUCUCCAUAUCCAAAGAGUGAAACCCACAUAUGUAGCAAUAAGACAAUUCGGUGGGUUUGUAUCGGAUUUCAAUGUAGGCGAGGAAGCUGUUGGACUAAAAUCUGCUGCCUUACAGGUUAGUAUUGCUGACACUGUUUGGUCUACUGCUAUCGAGAAAAACCAUGGUUAUGUUGUUGCACAAUACAACUCCCCUUUUGUAUUCGAUAAUCGCGUCAAUGAGAUAUGGCUUCUUUUUGAUAUGGAGAAUGGGUUGGCUAUGUGAGGAGGAGAUGGAAGAAAUUGA